AUGGAUCCAGGUUACGAUCUAAUCUCUGUUGAUCUGCUGUCUGUCCGUGUUUCUUCUGUAGAUACUGAGUGUGUGUGUGUGUGUGUGUGUGUGUGUGUGUGUGUGUGUGUGUAGAUGAACCUCCCACUGGUUCCAGUCUGACCACCAAACAGCUGCAGCAGAACUUAAAGGCGGUGAAGCAGAGAGAGCGUCCGCUCAGACUGCUGUUCGAGAUCCCAUCGAGUCAAAUCAUCGAACAAACGCUCUCCAGACACGUGGUGAGGUCCUCAGACUGUCCGAGGGUACUCAAGAGUACUUAAGAGUACUUUAGAGUACUUUACAAUACUUCAGAAUACUUCAGAAUACUCAAGAAUACUUCAGAAUACUCAAGAAUACAUGGAAGUACUUUAAAACACUUUAAAAUAUCAUCAAACAAACUCUCCAGACACGUGGUGAGGUUCUCAGACUGUCCGAGGGUACUCAAGAGUACUCAAGAGUACUUCAGGAUACUUUAAAAUACUUUAAAAUACUUUAAAACACUUUAAAAUAUCAUCGAACAAACGCUCUCCAGACACGUGGUGAGGUUCUCAGACUGUCGGAGGGUACUCAAGAGUACUCAAGAGUACUUUAGGAUACUUUAGAAUACUUCAGAAUACUCAAGAAUACUUUAAGAUACUUAAGAAUACUUUAGAAUACUUCAGAAUACUUUAGAGUACUUUAAAACACUUUAAAACACUUUACAAUCCUUUUAAAGACUUUACUUUAAAAAACUCUGAAAGCGUUUUUAAAGAUGGCGGCAGGUCAACAGGUGGUUGUUGUCUCAGGAGCUUUUUGUCCUUGAAGGCCACCGUACACCCGAAUAUUCUCACCGUCUCUUUAAAGGGACAUUUCAGUGUUUUUGAAAUGAGGUUAUUCGAGUCGUUAAAGGGGCGGAGCUAACCAACAUCUACUGUGGCUAAAACGCCGACAUGUUACUCAAAAAUCAGCGACCUGUCCCUUUAAUUCCAGGACAGGGCGUAAAGCAGUGAGCACGCUCAGUAAAACCCUCUCCUGUCACUUCCUGUCGCUCUCAGGUGUACGCGGUCGUGGUCAUGCGUUCCGGCAGCUUCGAUUCCAGCCGAGUGUCCGUGGAGCGGCGCUACAGCGACUUCUCCCGCCUCCACCAGCAGCUGUUGGAGGAGUUUGAUGAGGAGCUGGAGGAGGUGGUCCUCCCCCGGAAGCUCCUGACGGGGAACUUUAACUCGGAGGUCAUCUCAGAGCGCCGUCUGGCCCUGCAGGACUACCUGGCGAUGCUGUUCGCCGUCCGCAGCGUCAGACACUCCCGCCUUUUCUCCGACUUCUUCACGGAGCCGGAGCAGAGGCGGGCCCACAGCCUGCUGAGGGCGGGGCAGUUUGGGCCGGCCAUGGAGCAGCUGCAGGCCGUGAUCCAGAUCCAGGAGAAGCUGCUGCCGUGGCAGAAACCCACCCUGAUGGUGGCGUCCCUGUCCGCCCUCGCCGUCUGUCACCGGGACCUGGAGGAUCCGGAUCAGGCGUUCGCCGCGGCUCACAGAGCUCUGCCGGCGGUCCGACGGUACGGACUGAAGGCCUACAGAGCCGCUCUGCUGGAGCUGCUGCUGGACGUGGGCUACCAGCUGGGUCGACCCGUGGCCCAGAUUCAGGAGGAACUGACCACCCUGAGGGACGCCGAGAGGGGGGAGGUGUCCUACCGCUCCCUGAAGGAGAUCGUGGUCCAAGAGUUCAUCUAA